AUGAAUGUUACAAGUAAACAAAAAGAGAUAUUAUUGACAUUAUUGAAAGCCAAUCCAGAAUUGGUAAGAGGACGCAUGAACAGAAAAAGCGAAAGUCGACGAAAAAUUGCGGAAGGCUGGGAUGAAAUUGCUAAUAAUAUUAACGCGCAUGCAGUAGGACCUAAAAAAAAUGGGAAAGAAUGGGCAAAGACAUGGAAAGAUAUUAAAUCAUAUAUAUUAAAGAAAGAGGCAAAAAGGCGGACUUAUAUGCAAGGAACUGGAGGUGGCCCUAGUAUUAAUAUAUCUUUCACAAAUUUUGAAGAAGAAGUUAUAGAAUUCUUAACACCUGAGGCAGCUGGACUAGAAGGUAUUCCUAAAGGUGGUAUCAAUUUAACAUUGUAA